GUCAUGUGAUCAGCUGUGUCCAAUCACAGCUGAUCACAUGGCACUGAUGAUCAGUGUGCCCUGAUGAUCAGUGUGGCCCCAGAAGUGCUACCUGUCAGUGCUCAUCAGUGCCAGUGCCCAUCAGUGCCACAUCAAUGCCACAUAUCAGUGCAUACCAGUGCACAUCAAUGCCACAUAUCAGUGCCCAUCUGAGCUGCCUUUCAAUGUCACCCAUCAGUGCCAGUCAGUGCCACCUAUCAAUGCCAAUCAGUGCCACCUAUCAGUGCUGCCAAUCAGUGCCACCUAUCAGUGCCAGUCAGUGCUACCUAUCAGUGCCACCUAACAGU